CCGACCCGUCCCAUGCAGAGCCACCAGGAAGAGGACCCCACCAUGGCCACGCUCCUGGAGCCCGGGAUGCAGAACCUGCGCUUGGGUGCCAGUGGCGAGCGCUGCCCCACGCCGUCCCCCCCCGGCUCCCCGGAGACCCCUCACGAUAGCUGCAGCAUCGCCCCAUUGACGCCCUCCCAGUCACCGAGGAGCGAGGCUCGCUCGCGGCAAACCGCGUCCUUCGCCGUGGUGGUGGCCAUCGACUUCGGCACCACGUCCAGCGGAUACGCCUUCAGCUUCCGCAGCGACCCCGAGGCCAUCCACAUGAUGAGGAAAUGGGAAGGAGGGGACCCGGGGGUGGCCAACCAGAAGAGCCCGACCAGCCUCCUGCUCACGCCCGACGGCGCCUUCCACAGCUUCGGCUACACGGCCAGGGACUAUUACCAUGACCUGGACCCCGAGGAGGCCCGCGAGUGGCUCUACUUCGAGAAGUUCAAGAUGAAGAUCCACAGCACGAGCGACCUCACCAUGAGCACGGAGCUGGAAGCCGUCAACGGGAAGAAGCUGCAGGCGCUGGAGGUGUUCGCGCACGCGCUCCGCUUCUUCAAGCAGCACGCGGUGCAGGAGCUGAAGGAGCAGUGCCCGGCGCUGCCCGAGCGCGAUGCCAUCCGCUGGGUCAUCACCGUGCCGGCCAUCUGGAAGCAGCCGGCCAAGCAGUUCAUGAGGGAGGCUGCAUACAGGGCCGGGCUGGUGUCCCCGGAGAGCCCGGAGCAGCUCCUGAUCGCGCUGGAGCCCGAGGCCGCCUCCAUCUACUGCAGGAAGCUCCGGCUCCAUCAACUGACCGACCUGAGCUGCAAGGCCGCGGGCACGGGGCUGGCUCCGGAGCAUCCCAUUGACUCCAGCUUCCGGCAGGCUCGGGAACAGCUCCGGAGAUCCCGUCACAGCCGCACGUUCCUGGUGGAAUCGGGAAUGGGGGAGCUCUGGUCGGAAAUGCAGGCAGGUGACAGGUACAUCGUGGCUGACUGCGGGGGGGGCACCGUGGACCUCACCGUGCAUCAGAUCGAGAAGCCCCAGGGGACGCUGAAGGAGCUCUACAAAGCCUCAGGGGGUCCCUAUGGGGCCGUGGGGGUGGACCUGGCCUUCGAGCAGCUCCUGUGCCACAUCUUCGGGGCGGAUUUCAUCUCCACGUUCAAGGCCAAGCGCCCGGCGGCCUGGGUGGACCUCACCAUCGCCUUCGAGGCGCGGAAGCGAGCGGCGGCCCCGGCCCGCGCCAGCGCCCUCAACAUCUCCCUGCCCUUCUCCUUCAUCGACUUCUACCGCAAGCACCGCGGGCAGAACGUGGAGACGGCGCUGAAGAGGAGCAAUGUUAACUUGGUGAAGUGGUCGUCCCAAGGGAUGCUGCGGAUGUCCCCCGAGGCCAUGAGCGAGCUCUUCCAGCCCACCAUCAGCCAGAUCAUCAAACACAUCGACGAUCUCCUCAAGAAGCCGGAGGUCCAAGGCAUCAAGUUCCUGUUCCUGGUGGGGGGCUUCGCCGAGUCGCCCAUGCUGCAGGGCGCGGUGCAGGCGGCGUUGGGCGCGGCGUGCCGGGUGCUGGUGCCGCAGGACGUGGGGCUCACCAUCCUCAAGGGCGCCGUGCUCUUCGGCCUCGACCCCACCGUCGUGCGCGUGCGCCGCUCGCCCCUCUCCUACGGCGUGGGCGUGCUCAACAAGUUCGUGGAGGGGAAGCACCCCCGCGAGAAGCUGCUGCUGAAGGGCGGCCGGGCCUGGUGCACCGACGUCUUCGAGCGCUUCGUGGCCGUGGACCAGUCGGUGGCGUUGGGCGAGGUGGUGCAGCGCCGGUACUGCCCGGCGCGGCCGGGCCAGCGCAGGACCGUCAUCAACGUCUACUGCAGCGCCUCCGACGAGGCGCAGUACAUCACCGACCCCGGCGUGCGCAAGUGCGGCACCGUCAGCCUGGAGCUGGAGGAGCUGGGCCGCGGCGCGGGCGCGCGCAGGGAGAUCCGCGCCUCCAUGCAGUUCGGAGACACCGAGAUCAAGGUGACCGCCGUGGACGUCAGCACCGCCAAGACCGUGCGGGCCACCAUCGACUUCCUCGGCAACUGAGC